CGCGCUCCGGCAGGAACUGAUUCAGCAGCGGCGCGUUUACGCUCUCGAGUCACUCCAGCGCUACCGACUGUCGGGAUGUGACCCCGGAACAGGACUCCUCCUUAUACACAACACAGCUCUCAAAUACAACAAAAACGACAGAAUCCUGGACCAGGAGAGCAGUGCGUCAGGAGCAGGGGGGAUGAACCGAGAGGAAGCCCCUGGCAAGUCUCCUGAGGAGAUGUACAUCCAGCAGAAGGUGCGGGUGCUGCUCAUGCUCAAGAAAAUGGGAUCAAAUCUGACACCAAAUGAGGAAGCAUUUCUGCGGAAUUAUGCAGGCGUGGUGCAUAGCCAGAUGAGUCAGUUGCCACAGCACCCUAUUGACCAGGGAGCUGAGGACGUGGUGAUGGCCUUCUCAAGAUCAGAGACCGAGGACAGGAGACAGUGACCCCUCGCCAUGCCGAGUCACUACAGCUGAACACAACACAACACUGUUGACUGAUGGAGAGGGCGGAGCCUGAGAUGGGAGAGGGGCGGGGCUCUGCUGCAUGCCAGUUGCCCCACUUCCCUUCUCUUCCCCAUUUCCCUCUUCUCCCUCACACUAACUGUUACACUAUCGGGCCCUGCGGCCGCACUACCUGGUGACUUACAGCAAACCAGUCAGAAAGAGUCCUGGCGGGUAAAUAUUUGAUUUGGGUUUUUAAGUUGUUGUUUUUUUUCUUUUUGCAUCAUGCUUCCGUAAAACUGGCGUUUUAUAUUUGUUCCCAUGAGAGACUUAAUGGACCAAGAGCUUCAUUUGUCUGGUCAAACUACGAAAAAAUAUAAAUCGCCUUAUGGGUUGUUAUUAUUACAGCCAAUUUUCUUUUUUUUGUGUAUGUAGUUUCUUGUUUUACUGUCUACUACAGGAUCAUGCAGGUAGAUUUUCUUUGUUUGUUUACUUUAUUAUUUUCAGAUUUUUUAAUUGUUUAGUAGCUGUUCACAUCAUAAUUUUAUCCAAAUAACAUUCAUGUUGGUGUGGAGGAUACCGAGGCCCAUACACAAGCACACACUCGCAGAACGAUGUACACGAAUUACCUGAUGUUUCAUGAUCUGUUUUUUCGAUGUUUGGAUUAAUGUGAAAUUUCAUAGAUUUUUGUACAGAACGUGAGAAAAAAAGUAGAAAAGUGAACGAGUUGUGCCAACUGUGUUUUUAUGUAAAAUAUUUCUAAAGGUAUCUAAUGAAUGUCUUAGGUCCUUAUUUAUUUUUUCAAUGUCUUAAAAUGUAGACAAACACAAACCCUUUUAAACUUCAACUCUGAUUUGUAACCGCAUAUUUUUAAGACGAAUGAAACCAUAAUAACCCCAAAUUUACAUGUCAAAUGGAAAUCUCAGCCUUAAGCGUCGUUAUAGGAUGUGCCGUUCUCGGACACGAGUAUGCGGCACUGUAUAUUUGACUGUGAUUCAGUGGUGCUAGUAAAACACGUUUUUAGUUAUUCUAAAUGAAGACGAAGAUGAAUAUGAGCUUGUUUUAAUUCCGAGGACGCUAAACGUCCCACGAUAACUUAAUCAUUGAAAACCAAUUUUGUGUUUUGGCCUCUGACCUUUUUGGUAACAUUAAUUCAUGUUCGGUAUUUAAUGCGUAUUCAUGUUUUGUUAACUUGCUUAACAUAAUUAUUGUAUCCUAGUGUUUUGAAAUGACGCAUGCCUGCAUUGUGAUCUACGGUGUAUGUGUUCAAGUAGCUCUGUAAUGGUCACGAGAGCCUCAAUGUACACCUCUUUUUAAUCUGUGGAUGUAAGUCCUUUUAUGGAAAUGGCUUUUAUAGUUCUCGCUAAUAUCAGCAAUAAGUAUUUGAAUGUGUUCAGUCAUCAAGGCUACUUAUCCACGUGACGACGCAUUAUCUCACCAAUGACAGGAACGUGCAUCUGGUUGCUUUUAACUGUAAAUCCUUGUUUUGUCUAUGCAUUGUUUCUUAACAUCAGAAUCAUACAAUCGUGUCUUACAUGCGUUUCAGGUUGGGUUCGUUGCCUUUCAGCUUUGCAACCAUAUGAAUGUCACUCUGGAUUCUUGUUUAAUUCAUUUACUUCAUUGCAUGUUGUCCCUACUCGCUUGAGCUGUUAAACUAUUUAAUGUGAAUUGCUUUUUAAAAUUGUUUUAAAAUUCAAUUGAAUGGUUUUUUGUUGUUUUUUUUUGCCGUAUGGCCGUCGACCUCGUCCCUUGACUUAAAUGCGUCCAAAAUCUAUACCAACUGAACCAUUAAAGGAGUUGAAAACUG